UGGAAUUAACGUAUCAUUGAUUUUUAUAAAUCAUGAACAAUUGUUUCUAAAGGUCUUUCGUUUUAGGAAAAAAGUAGAAUUUGAGGAAUAUCAAUGGAUGGCCCAGGUACGAUUACAUGGGAAGAAUUUCUCGAAAAUGCCGAGGGAUUUAUAAACCUGUCGACUCAGAUUUCUGACGGAUGGGAACUGCAUGGUAACAAGAAUAUACCGGGAGGGGCAUACAUUGUCCGACAACAGAAACAAUAUAUUUCCAAUAGUUGUAACUCAAACAAUUAUUUAGUACCGGAAAGUAAUGUCUCCGACGAUGAUUUCAACUUUGUGCUAAGACAAGAUCCAUUUGAAGCUAUUCAUCCUAUAGAGAAACCAUUAGUUACAGAACAUCAUGUAUUGUGGUCGAUGAGUUAUAGCGUCCCAGUGCUUUAUUUUAAUGGAUGGAAAUCAGAUUUUGCAGGUAUGAAUCCCGUAUCCGUGGAAGAAGCACAGUUAUUGGUUUAUAAUACGGAGAUGAGAUACAAAGAGUUAUCUCAAGCAAUACAUCCUAUUUUAGGUACACCUUUUUUAUAUUUGCAUCCUUGUAUGUCUCAUGAGCUUUUACAAAUUACAAGUAAGAGUAAAAAUAAAUUAGUUAGUUGGUUGAGUACUGUUGCUCCUGCUGCUCUUAACCUUAAACUACGUUCUGAAUAUUAUCAACUAACUAUCUGA